AUGGAGGACAGGUCUGUCCGACAAGCAUGUUUGGUCGCGCGAGUGUCCGCGCGAAGCUCGGCACUUGCCGGCUUGGACGACUUGGAUCGCCAGAACCGUGAGGUGAACCUUGCAGCCGUUUCUGCCAAUGGCAUUGCGCUUCAAUGGGCACCGGAACGCUUCAAAAAGGACAAAGGAGUGGCACUGGCAGCAGUUACAAGUGCAGGGCAUGCCCUCAAGUAUGUCGACAAGGAGCUGCAGGGUGACCCGGAUGUUGUUUAUGCAGCCAUUCGGCAAAAUGCAUUGGCACUACAUUUUGCGUCGCCUCGUUUGCAACGCGACAAGGACAUCGUUCUCGAAGCCUGCCAGCGCGAUGUAGCGGCGUUCAGCUUCGCUGCAGACGUUCUGCGCGAGGACAAGCAGUUUCGAAGCACCACUGGAGUUGAAUUCCCCAGUGUCGACAAGAUGAAUGUGUCAACCAGUUCAAUGACUUCCUGUUCGUCCAGGAGCUGGUUCAGUGCCUCUACUUGUGAUGGACGGUGGCCUUCGUUCACGCACUGGAGCUACCGCCCUUAUCUGGCUGCUUCGACAGCAAAGGCGGUCAGUUCAGUGGAAGCCUCCAAUCGCAGGAAGAAGACGCUUUCCAAACGAGCUCGGCUUGGCAAGGACAAACUCGCAAGAGCGGCCGCCGUGCGUUCCUGA